AUGGAUUCCGCGGCGGACUUCUCCCAGUUCGAUGGACAAUUAAAGUCGUCACUUCUGCAGGUCACGCGCACGAUUAACCAGCUCUCCGCGGGAGAUCUCACCUUCCACCGUUCUGCGAAUAGAGAACUCGACGAAUCUUUCAAUGAGCAAAGUGGAAGACUCAUUUCCUUGACCUCGUCACUCCUCAAGGCCGCGACGACAGGAACAGACCUGCGACCGCCGAAACUGCGCAACGAUAAAGAAUCACUCGAGGAUAACUGGAACAGCGUGGUAGAUGUCAUUGAUGCGUUGUUGGAACGGGCGGAUGCAUGCUUGGAUGAAUUCACCGGCGUGAUUAAGAAAUUGAGUCCCUCGCAGGAGGAUCAGAGUGUGAGGGCUGCUGCGACGAGAAAACCGACGAACAAAUUCCCUACCGUUUACGAUUACGGGCCGUCCAGGAUCCCCAAGCCGCAGUUGCUGUUCGAGCGCAAGACGGAUGCUACCGAUGAGUCGCCUUUCCGGCCGCUACUCAAGACUAAGCCGCAUGCGGUUGUUCCGUUGGAGGAAUCCAUGAGAUCGGACGAGUUAGGUGGUUAUAAGAGCCCGUACGAAACGGAGAUUCGCGCCGCCAAAUAUCCCUCCUCGACAUAUAACGUUUCUCCUCCGAUCGACUAUUUACCGUUUAAUUCGACCAAGGCUACGUUUGUGGACACAAUGGAAGGGGUGAUGGAGAUGUUGGGCGAGCUGAAGGCAGCGAAGGGGAUUGCGAUUGACUUGGAACAUCAUGAUGUGCAUGCGUAUCACGGCCUUGUGUCGCUGAUGCAAAUCAGUACUCGGGAAAAGGAUUGGGUUGUUGACACGCUCAAGCCCUGGAGAGAAGAACUUCAGGUGCUGAACGAAGUGUUCGCUGACCCAAGCAUUCUCAAGGUGUUGCAUGGUGCGUCGAUGGAUAUAAUUUGGCUACAACGUGACCUGGGCCUCUAUGUUGUAGGGUUGUUUGAUACCUUCCAUGCUGCCAGCGCAUUGAGUUACCCGAAACGCAGUCUUAAGUACCUUUUGCAGAAGUUUGUCAACUUCGAAGCCGACAAGCGGUACCAAAUGGCCGACUGGAGAGUACGCCCCCUACCAGAAGGCAUGUUCGACUACGCUCGCUCGGAUACCCACUACCUUCUCCAUAUUUUCGAUCACCUCCGCAACGAGCUUGUUCAACAAUCGACGCCCGGUAACAACCUGAUCGACUACGUUCUAGAACAGUCGAAGAACGAGGCUUUGCAGCGCUAUGAGCGCCCUGUGUACGAUGCAGCCACCGGGCAAGGGGCAGGUGGCUGGUACGAUUACCUGUCCCGCAACCCGGCGCUUCUGAGCAAGGAACAAUUCUCCGUCUUCCGCGCCGUCCACCAAUGGCGUGACGCAGUGGCCAGAGCCGAAGACGAGGGCGUGCAGUGCGUAUUCCCCAAGCACAUCCUAUUCAAGGUAGCGCACAUCAUGCCGCUUGAAAUGGGCACGCUCCUCAAAGUCCUUUCGCCCGUUACACCGAUUACGAAAGACCGAUCAUAUGAACUUUUGGAAGUGAUCAAACAAGCCAAGAUCGACGGCGCCAACGGACCUGAAUGGCGCGACUUCAUCAAACCCGCCAAGGGCGCUCAGAUUGCUGCCGAGCCUGAUCUUCUGGAGGCCCCCGCGACCGAUAAUCCCAUUGCUGAGCGGUACGAAGUGUCCCAGUUCUGGGGUAAUGCGCUGGCAGCGCAGCCUCACGAGCCUUUCACACCGCCCGAGUAUUCUGCCGUGGCGUCCGCGGAGGCGCUACGGCUUUCUUUACCGCUACCUCCCAUGCCAAAGACGGUGACGGAGGUUACUACGGCUAAGCCACCGUCUCCCAAGCCCGCCGCACCCGCACCCGCACCCGCCCCGACAACAGAGGAAGGACAAGAAGACCCGAACAAGCCGUUCACCGUGAAAGAGAUGGGCGGGCCACGCAAGCGCAAAGCCGAACGUACACCAGCAACAGAUGCGACCGACACGUCCGACGAACCCGACAUUCUUUCUCUGGACGUAGCUGACGGAACCGAGAAGCCCAAACUCUCCAAGGCAGAGAAGAGGAGGGAAAGGAAGAAGAACAAAGCGCCCAAGUUGGAGCAGGACCAAUUAGAGGAAGCACCGUUUGACUACGAGGCUGCGGCGUCUGUGCUGCAUGCACAGCCUGCGCAGCAGGGAACAUUGGCACAGCGGACGAAGAAGCCUUUCAACCCGCAUUCGAAGCUGUUGGACACGCCGGCUGGAGCGCGCAAGUACCAGCGGGAUAUUCCUGGGAAACAGGCUACCUUUCGGUAG